UAUCGUCAGUCAACGCGAGGACGAGAGUCGAGUUUGAAAAUGCGACUAGCUUGCUGCAUUAGUUAAAUAAAAUCAAUAGUUUCGAUUUUCAAUUGCUAAGAUAAAUGGGGUGAUUCAAUCAAAGUUUUUAUUAGCGUUUACAUUCUGAUCACGAAAAUCUGCGUAACUUACGAGACGAAAAUAGACCCGGUGACAAAUCCUGCAUACGUUAGUCACGAAACAUAAAAUUGUGGGCGUACUGUUAGCUGAAUUGAGAACCACUGAUAAUUUCUUCUGCUUUUAGCCAGUGAACAUCAAGUUCCUUUACCUAUGUCAUUCCUAUGUGCAGCAGCGAAUCUCAUUUGCGAUAAGAUAGAAAAAGCGAAACGCAGUCGCAUACCAAGUGGUGUUUAAUUUUUAUUGCAAUAAAGAGUUCCCAAUCAGAUAUUCGUAUUAAUAUCAUUUUUUGCUGAUCAUCAAAAUAGAUUAGUCACCAAAAUCUGUUACUGAGCGUUUAUUGAGAGUGUGGAUCUCUCCUGUGUCUGGAUAGUGACUAGUGCGGUACACACCUACCGUUGGCGUAUUCCAUCCACUCUAAAAUAGGGUUGACGUUUCUCUGUGAAAAUCGGUGCUAAGUUCUACUACAUGUCAAAAUUAUAAUAUUAUUAUUUAAACAAUAAGAUCUUUGUCGCAUAGACGAUCGGGAUUCCAAUAUGUUGGCCCUCAUAAAUCGCAUAUUAGACUGGUUGAAGUCUCUGUUUUGGAAGGAGGAGAUGGAACUAACAUUGGUUGGACUCCAGUACAGUGGAAAAACUACAUUUGUUAAUGUCAUUGCGUCGGGGCAAUUCAGUGAAGAUAUGAUUCCAACAGUUGGUUUUAAUAUGCGUAAGAUAACCAAAGGAAAUGUGACGAUUAAAGUGUGGGACAUCGGAGGUCAGCCAAGGUUUAGAUCUAUGUGGGAAAGAUAUUGCAGAGGAGUCAACGCCAUUGUAUAUAUGGUCGAUGCGUCGGAUUCGGAAAAAAUUGAAGCUAGUCGUAAUGAGUUACAUAAUUUGUUGGAUAAGCCUCAGUUAACAGGGAUUCCUGUUCUGGUAUUAGGAAAUAAAAGGGAUUUGCCACAUGCUCUCGAUGAAAAUGGACUCAUAGAAAGAAUGAAUCUGUCUGUGAUUCAAGACCGAGAGAUCUGCUGCUACAGUAUCUCAUGUAAAGAGAAAGACAAUAUUGAUAUUACGCUCCAAUGGUUAAUAGCGCAUUCUAAAUGUGGAGUUCGCUAAUAGCUCGGCUAAUUUAAUAGCCGCUGAUAAAGGAGGACCCAAAAUGAGGCGAAUGAUGAAUUGGGAUCAAACAAAGAAGAGAAUGUUGCCAGCUUAUAUUUUAACUCGAGUCAUUAUUAUAGCAAAUUCCCUAACUGUAAGCUUUAGCUUUCUAAGUUGGAACUUUAGAUGAUGGAGUUUAAAAAUAUGCUUGCGCGAGUCGGAAUGCUCACAUGAAUUAUAAAUUAUACAAUAAUACAUUGAAUGGACACGUAGAUAAAAUCGAAAUAACAUUUUUUAUAUUUUUUCGUUCGUUAGGUAAUCGAUUUAGGGUAUAUAUACAAUUCUCAUGAAUGUUUGUGUAUACACAUACCCAUAAUACAUGUGUGUAGCUAUUGUUAUUUUUAAUAUAUUCUUCAAGUAAAAAUUGCGUGUCUUAAUUGCUACCGCAGUAAAGCACGAUAUUGCAGAUGAAGAUUUUACCAAAUCUGGCGCAAAAAGGAGUCGUUGGUACAGGAGGCCACGUACCUAAUCUUACAAUUAUCAAAUUUAUUAAUAGAGUAAAUCAUAAAAAUAAACUGAUGAUACUAUAUCUGUACACCAUAUAAACAUAAAACAACUACUUGUAUCAUUAAUAUAGAGUAACUAGUAUUAUUAUAUCAAUUUACAUUAUUGAUUUAUGAAGUAAAAUUGUAUGACGUUGUGUUAUGUAUAUAUAGAGGAAUAAAAUCAUGUACACCAUUUUCCAAUGGA